AUGGAAGGUGAAACGUCGGUACAGUUGAAAGGCUCUCCUCCGCCCUACCGGAUCAACUCAACGUACUGCCAGUUCACAAGACGUGGCAAGCCUUAUCUCUUUGUCUUCGGGGGAUAUGACGACACAAAUGAGAACUUCGAUGACAGGAUAUACCUGCUGGACGUUCAGGGACAAACUUGGUACCCGCCGCACUCAACAGGAGUGUAUAGAAAUGGUAGCUCAUGUGUUUGUCUGGACGACACGGGUAACGUUGUCAUUGUCGGUGGCUUGUUGCAGGAAGAUGAGUACCUCGAGUGUCUCGAGCGCAGUAACAACGUCAAAUCGCCUUAUCAAGAUUGCUUCCUCUUGAUAUUCAAUAUAGAAAGCUAUUUGUUCAGCAGGGAAUGGAAUGAAAAGUUCAAGGAAAGCUUGAUUUCGGAGGGAGAAGUCGGGCAAACCAACUGGACCCAAAUGAAUAGGCUAGAGCGUCACUCAAUAUGCCAGUCAAGAUCAAACCACAAGAUAUACAUCAGUGGAGGAGUCAUUUCAGAUUUACCUUACGGAAUGCAAAAGUACAUGUACAUCCUAGACUAUCAGAAAUUUACAGUGGAGAAAGUUGAGUUUUGCAAGAAAAUUGAACAUGAAAUCAUCGAAGUUGGAAAUAAAAUAUGGUCUUUCGGCGGUAUCAACGAGACAAUGAAAUACUCAUUUAUGAACAUCCAAACGUACGAUUUACAAGAUCAUACUGUUGAUGAAAUAAAUUUGAAUAUAAAUGACAACCAAAUGUUCUAUCAAAAUAACAAAAAAAGAGCCGGUAGAUCAGUAAACAUACUCGGAUUCAAAAAGUUUUUCUACAAUCAAAUAUCAAUUACUCAGAUUCUAAUCACAGAUCUUAUAAAUCUUCGAUUUGUGGUUCUUAAUAUCGAAACUCACAAGAUGUACCACGUGCCAAUCCAAAUUGCAAACCUCAACUGGUUGUUUGUUCUAACUCACAAUGAUAAUUUGUCCAUAAUAGGAGGCACUGAGCUUGAUGAUACCGUUGAUGAAGUGGCAUAUCUUGAUUAUCUCGUAAACAUACCACUGGUUACUUUUGGGAGGCUAAACAAUGAAAGCGGCACGAGUGAAGAAGAAACACUUUUAGGGAAGCUCCAGAAAGCUUAUAAAGAUGAAAAAUUUGUUGAUUUCCAAAUAAAAUCAAACGAUAACAAAGUGAUUAGUGUUCAUAAACUUUACCUACUUAUCAAAUGGCCCUACUUUGAAAAAAUGAUAAUGUCAGGGAUGUCAGAGAGUCAUACAAAUCAGAUGUUUAUAGAUGAGCCAUACGUGAAUGUCAAGCUACUUAUAGAUUUCCUAUACAAUUCUGAAUUCCCACAUAUGAAAGUUCAUGACCUUUUAUCUUUUGCACACCUGGUAGAGCUCUACGAUCUCAAAGAUCUGAAAAGCUUGUUAGUCAACAGAAUUUAUCUGUCAAAGCUUCCCAUUAAUCAGCUAGUGGAAUUCUGGCAACUGUCUGAUAUCAUAAAUUCCAAGUUCUUGAAAAAAUACCUGCAAUCUAUGAUCUAUAGAUAUUGGGGUUAUAUUGUACGUCUUCCAAGCUUUCAAAGCUUAGAGAAGGAACAAAUGCUGGAAUUGUUUUCUAGUCUUUCCGUUGAGUCACAGAUCGUAACCGGUAACUCGCCAGCGAAACUUGUUGGCAACACAUCAUCUUCCUCAGCUCUAACACCAACACCAGAAGUCCUGAAAACGUCAAUACCAGGAUCUGUACCCCAAAACAAUAGUGGUCAAUCAGUACCCUUUGCUUACCCCGAUUAUAACGAUACUACAAUUGUAACUCCUGAAAUUGAUCCUACCUUAACAUUUGACAUUUUCCGAAGCCCAGGUGUUUUAGAUUGUUGGACUCCCCUUGAACCAGCAAUUUCAAACGAUGAAACCAGUUCAUCUGCUUCGUUUAUGGGAGAUUGA